GCGCCAUGGACCUGGUCGUCACGCAGGAGCUGGCCCACGCCGAGAGCCGGCAGGAUGCUGCCUCCCUGCAGAGGGCGUACGAGCUGAUCAAGUCCGCCAACCUGGGGAAAUCCGAGUUUGACCCCACAGAAAGCUUCAGCCCCGACCUGUUUGUGCUGUGUGCCGAGCAGGCCCUGAAGAUGGGGCAGCCGGACGUGAGCGAGGACUGCAUCCAGAUGUACUUCAAGGCGAAGGGGCCGGUCACGCAGUUCCUGGGCCGAGCGCAUCUGUGCAGGGCCCAGCUCUGCGCCCCCAAGUCCACCGAAAACCUGGAGGAAUUUGAAAAUUGCGUGACUCAGUAUAUGAAAGCGAUAAACUUUGCAAAAGGAGAACCCAGGUAUCUCUUCUUGGUAUAUAACGCGUCCGUCCUCUACUGGCAAAUGGUGAGGCCGUUCCUCAAGCCGGGGUAUCGUCACCACCUGAUCCCCAGCCUCUCCCAAAUCGUACACGUGUUAAACCAAACCGAGGAGGAAGACAAGGAGUGGCGGGCAGAGCUGCUGCUGGAGCUCCUGGAGUGCCAUCUGCAAGCCGGAAGAAGGGAGGAGGCCGCGCGGUGUUGUUCAGCCGCGGCGCCCUUCAUAAAAGCUAACGUGCCCCAGAAAUACCGACACAUGUUUUCCGUCAUGGUGCAGCACGAGUUAGUGGACAAGCUCCAGUUAAAGGAAGAGAAGAGAACCUCCAUUAGCCUGUCUGUCACCUACCACAUGAGUGUGCUGAAAGCGAAACUGGAUAAAAAUGAGUUACCUGAAGAUGUCAACACAGUUCUGAAGAAGACCUAUAAACAGUUAAGUUACUACAAUCACCAGCGCUUCCCUGCAGUCAGAGAGGAAAAAAUUCUUUUGCUUUUUGAACUGGCUCAUCUUUCUUUGACCUUGAAGUGUGAGGAGAUCUCUGCUGACUGCAUCUCCGACCUGAAGAAAAUCAGCAGCCAAGACCCUGGGAAGCUGAUUGAAAUUGAGUGCCUGGAGUAUGAACUGGAAGCUUUAGAACUCGAAAGUAAAAUGAAAAUCUACGUCCGAACAGCUGUUGAGGCCCAGCUGAAUAUAAUACAGAGACUUGACGUCGCACUCCAGCGAGCCGUGCGCCUGGGUGACCCGAGAGUCGUCCACGUGGUGUGCACCACACAGUGGAACAUGUGUCUCCCUUUGCUGCAGCACAACCUGAGACGCCACCUGCGGAAGCCGCUGACCAGCAUCGCAGACAUCCUGGAGAAGGUGGACAGCCUCAUGGUCCUGCUCCGCUGCCAAGUGCACAUGGAGAUGGCGCACAUCGAGGAGGACGCGGACCGGCUGGAGCCGGCCAUGCGGCACCUGCGGAAGGCCGUGCUGCUGGACGGCCUGGGUCUCUACCAGGACGAGCUCAAGAUGGCCUUCAACCGGCUGCGUCUGUGCACCGUGCUGUACCAGUGCCCUGAGCGUGCCGAGGACAAGGCCAUCAUGGCCAUCGAGCAGGCGAAGAAAGCCAUCCCCAAAGACAGUGUCAGGAAGAAGCGGGCUCUCCUGGUGAACGCGGGCCUGGCUCUGGCCCCCGACACCUUCCAGAUUGUGCUCGACGGCGAGAACGAGGCCAAAGUUUCCAUAGGGAAGAGCAGGGGCCGCUUCACCUACCUGUUCGCAAAGGCGCGGCACCACAUCAUCAGCAUAGACAAAGCCGCGGGGCACUUGCGGCGACUGGGGAGCCAGAAUGCCAGGGAACGAAUACAGAUCUGGGCCGAGCUCGCCAAAGUCGCCCGGAAGCAGGGAGUGUGGGACAUUUGCCGGACAGCCUGCCGCUUCUGCCUCCUGUACGACAACGUCAAGGUGAAGAAGCAGGUGCGGCUGAAGAAAGGAAAGAAGAAGAGGGGCGGAGACAGCUCAGCCCAGGGCAGCUGGGGCCCGUCAGAAGUGACGCUGCAGCGGCACGUGUCCCCCACCCUGCUGCGCAAGUUCGCAGAGGUGGGGUUCAUCAACGCAGAGGCCACCGUCCACCUGCUGCAGUUAGAAGGUGUGCAGCUCAAUGACCGCCCCACGCCCCCGGAGGACCUGAGCCAGCACUCGGCCGGCUACACGCUCGAGUGCCCCGAAGACAACGCACAGUGGCUCGUGUACCGGAACUGGAUCGAGGGUCUGUCUCAGAGCGCCAUGAACAGCUGGCUGCGAUCCGCCGACAUCGGACAAGAGACCCAGGAAGCCUGGAUCGUGCAGAACGCGGUGGUCUACGUCCUGAACCACAACCACCACCUCAUCGUGGCCGGGAGGCAGAGGGAGCUGGUGGACGCCUUGGACCACCUCCUGAGCAUCGUCAAGGCCACGGGCCACGGCGGGGACCCCACUCUGCUGGGGACGCUCUGCAAUACUUUGGCUCGAGGCUUGAUUAUCAACUGGAUUCCAACCCAAGUGCCGGAAAAAUCUAAGAGACCCGUGCGCCCCAACCUGUUUCAUGUACCACUGGACUCGGGAGCCAGCGCAGAAGUCAGGACCGCCGUGGAGGUUUGCGAGUUUGCCUUGAACCUGAGCAACGGGACUGUGCCCGAGGAGGUGAUGCCCCUGAACACCCGGCAGCAGCUCAUCGCCACCUGGGUGAAGGCCAAGCAGCUGCUGCAGCAGCAGAUCGGGCCACGACUGGGCGUGGAUGAACAGAGUCCCAGCGAGGAUGUGACCAGAGUCCUCGUGGCUCUGGAGAUGCACUCCUGCAACGGGCUGGGCCUCAUGGACUUCUCCGUGCCCCCCUUGGCCCAGGUGGUCAAGAUGGCUUCCGAGUGCAACUGGUCGGACCCCCUGGUGGAGCUGCAGAGCCUGACGCGCCUGGCCCACUUUGCCCACGCGGCGCACGACCACGAGGUCACCAUGGCCUGCUCGCAGAAGGCCAUCCAGAUGGGCAUUAGGGUUCUGAGGACGCUUAAGCCGGUGGAGACCCGGCUGGUGGCGGAGAUGCUGAGCGCUGCGGCCUGCGUGCAGGGCAGGAGCACCCUGGAGAACCUGAAGGGCAGGAAGCAGCUGCGCCUGGCGGCCGCCAGGUCCUUCAUGGAGGGUGCCAGGUUUGGGGGCGUCGCGGAGAGCAGCGCCCUGGUGAUGCUGGCGGCGAGGCGCUGCUGGAACACCUGGCUCCCGCUCCUGUCCUCGGCCGCCAGCAGGAGGAAGGCCAGGAGCGCCGUGCAGAGGCUCAUCAGCAUCAUCAAUAAGACAGAAGUGAGAAAGCAGGGAAGAGGGAAAGCCCUGCUUCUGCACCAGUGGCCCACAGCGGACUUCCAGAAUGGAGGGGCUCCUGAAGGCCACUUUCUCCCAGGUGCCGAGGACGAGCUGACGCUGCGCGCCGCGCUCUACGGCCUCCUCUUCCACUGCCACGCGGACUGCGGCGACUGGGAGGGCGGCCUCAGAGUUCUGGACGAGGCCGUGCAGGUGCUGCCCCGGACGGCGCACCGCCUCCUAAUUUUCAAACAUAUGGUCAUUGUGAAGGCCAAACUUGGCCAGAAUUUUACGAUGGAAAUACAGAAAUUCAAAGACGAAAGUGAAGAUUACUUGGCACACAUGUGGCACCGUCUGGCCUUGAACUCGAGGAGUGUGCAUGGAGAGCUGAUCUGCUAUCACAACGCCAUCCAAGCCUUACAGAAGCCAGAGAGUGAGUGGCAAAAAGUUGAGUACAUCAUGGAAUUCAGCGAGUGGCUGUAUUACAAGCAGUUUCCCAUGGGGGAUGUGACUUUCCACCUGAAGUGGGCGAUUGACAUCCUGCUGGUGAUGACACCUGCCAGGGACGCACCUGAGCUGGCAGAGGAGCAGCUGCCCACUCAGGCAGCCCCCGAAGGCCCAGUGUCCGAGGAGGCGGGGGCAGCCCCCCUGGAGGGGCUUUGGAGCGUGCGGCAGCUGGAGGCGCUGGCCCGCGCCUACACCCUGCUGGCCCUGAUGGUGUCCCCGAGCUCGGCCGACUACCAGGACUACUGCCUCAUGGCCUACUCGUUCCUCAAGCGCAUCUGGCAGGUUUCAUUGUUAACAGCAGGAAAAUCGAUUUCGGAAAGCAAAAUUAUAGAAGCAGCAGCUAGUUCACAGUUGCUGCUGCCUAAAAAGGAGAAGGAGAAGGAAAAGAAGAAGGGGAAGGAGAAGGAGCCGGGGAGGGAGAAGGAGAAAGACAGAGAGAAGAGCAAAGACCCCAAGCAGGCACGUGCCGAAUGCGGUGUUUCUGCUUUACAGCAUCAAACCGAGGUCCCUGGCCGACCGCCGGAAGCCUUGCCGGCCAGCAUAGAGGAGUGGGCCUCCUACUCAUGCCCUGAGGAGGUGAUAUCUGUGUUUAAACAAGAUAAAAGUGACUUUACCGUUAAUGCCUCAAGCAUCCAGAAGCCGACAUACAGUUUAUAUUAUCUGGACCACUUGGUCAAAGCCCUGCAGAAGAUGUCCCUUUACGAGCUCACCAUCCCAGUCCUGCAGUUGGGUGUACUAAUUGCAGGCUCCGUGGUAGAGAGCAAGAGCCUCAAAGAUCUCUAUCAUCUUCGACUUGCCUUAGUUUGUUCCGAUUUGAAGUUGCAAGAAGCAGCGACUUACCACGAAGAAGUGGUUGGGCAAACAUACAUGUGUGAAAUGGAGCAGGCGAGCUGCAGAAAAGAAAUUGCCUUGAGAAAGGAGAAAAAUAAGGAACCGCUAUCCGAAGAAAGUCUGACAACAUUGACUGAGCCCAUAACUGUGGUCCGGAAAGCAGAGACGGAGCCCCUCAUAGUGAAGGAUAAGAUCUUGAAGAUAGACGGAGAGACGGGGAGCGGGCUGGAGGGAACGUCCUUCCCCCAGCUGUGGGCCCUCAAGGCAGAAGUUCUGCUCGAGAUGGACCUGUACCAGCCUUCGAGGCUGCUGCUGUCGGAGGCCCACCUGGCCUUCCAGGAGCUCAACGACCCUUGUGCGGAAGCAAGAUGCCUGCACCUUCUAGCGCAGCUGGCUAACAAGGAGAGAAACUACGGACAAGCUAAGCAGAUGGUGGAGUGGGCCUGGAGCCUGGGGGGCGGCGAGGAGUUCUGGUACAGCUCAACCCUGACCCUGGCAGACACGCUUCUGUCCAUGGAAGGCAAAAGCAGAGGAACAGCGGUCAUCCAGUUGUUCCAGAAACUCAUAGAAACCUUCAAAGUUCUGCAGAAAGAAAGACCUAACCGGGCGCCCAUCCUGGAAUUCAUGGCCACAGACCUAGAGGCCAGGUGCGUGAGCCUCCGGAUCAAGGCCGCCCAGGAGACCGCUGACGGUGAACCUCCCAGAUGCGUGUUCCCGCUCAGCGAGAUGGAUGCCUGCCUGUUGGAAAUUGAGAAAAGGUUUCUCGCCUGGGGCUACAGGGACCACUGUCUGGACAUAAAGCUGGAGCGCGCCGGGAUAAAGAGGUUAUGUGCCCAGAACGAGAAGGACGGAGAGCAGAGGACCGCGUAUUUCUUGGAGGCGUACGACUUGGUCCAGGGAGCUGUAGCUGACGCCGAGGAGCUGUUCCGCAGCGUGCGGGCCUUACUGUCCCUGCACGAGGUCCAGAACGCCAACACGCCCCUGAUGAGGAGGCUGGCGCAGCUGCGGCUCCACCUGGUGCAGGUGUCUCUGGACUUGCAGCAGCUCGUCUGGGAGGAGGCCCUGGCCCGCGAGCUUGAGCAGAGCUCCAUGGAGAAGCUGCUGGCCGACUACCUGCAGAGCGCCAGUGACUACACCUCCGUCGGCUUGAAAUGGUUCACGCUGAAGCGGACUCUGGCCCACGGGGCGCUGGCGCAGCUGGGCGGCCUGCACUCGCUGUGCGCAGGCUGCGCGGAGACCCGCGCUCGGCAGCUGGGCCUGGCCGGGAGGGCCCUGCGCCUGCUGGCCAUGCAGGCGGCCCCCGUGCGCCCCACCUUCUACUGGGAGGAGGGCCUCUCGGCAGGUGCUGAACUGAGAGGCCAUAAGCGCCUGAACGUCACCGGCGAGGCCGAGACCCGUGAGGAUCAAUAUAGAGACCUGAGACCCUCCAGGGCUGCCUCCGAGGAGCAGGGCAGGAAGGGCUGGGAUCUGCAGAGGAGGAUGGCGCUGGCCCAGCGCUACCUGGCCCAGGCGUCCGAGGUGCUGCUGCAGUGCACGCAGGCGGCCCUGGGUGGCUGCCUCCCGGACAUCGCGGCGGCUGCCGGCCUGCAGAUGGUGGAGUGCGUCGGCACCCUGGACCCCGCGGCCGCCUGCCAGUUCCUGGCACUGUCUCAGAGCUGCUCGGCCUCGGAGAUGAUGCGGGAUGUCCUGUUCACGGCCACGGACGACACCGGCAGCUCGCAGCUGGCGGCCCUGCUGCAGCUGGAGCACAAGCUGACGCAGCAGGGGAGGACGUCCACCAGCUUGUUCGCGGGCGUGAGGCAGAGGCUGGCGGCCAUUUCCAGGGCUUGGCAAAAUCUCUGGGUCACUGAGCAGCAUUUUAACAUCCUGAAUGAAAUCCCGCCUACUUUUCGGAUCAUCUUCCUGCACCACAGCCGAGACAGGACCCAUCUGUACGGCGCCGUCUACGAGAGACCCAGGUCCGUGCCUGCGGCCAAAGGGAAGGUGCUCCAAGUGGGCGGCUUCUGCAAGGUGGCACGGGUGGCUGUGAGCCCCGCCACCUUCUCCUGCCUACUGGCCAGCGCCCAGCAGUUCCGGGAGCUGGCCCAGGUGGAGGAGAGCAGUGAGGACGUGGCCGUGAACUCCAGCACGGGAUUGGAAAACGCGCACCAGCGCCACGAGAGGGAAGAACAGUCUCUGCAGAAGUUGCGGGAAGUUCUGACGUCCAUGGAGGAGUACCUGAGGCCGCUGCUCCCCAUGCUCAGCAGCCCCGAGGCCAGAACACAGACGCCCACAGUUGUUGCAGAUUCGGGGAGACCGAAGGGCAAAGACAAGGAGAGGAAAGGGUCCCUGCCCCAGGCCGGCGCUGCCACAGUUCAGCCUGAGGCUGCGGACAACAUCAUCCUUAUUGCGGACCGGCAUCUUCUGGAGCUGCCACUGGAAGGCCUCUCUGUGUUUGAGGAAGGGGUGGUCUCCGUGUCGCGGGAGUUUUCCCUGCAGAUGCUGUGGAAUCGGCUCCGUAAAGACGAGACAGCCGACGGGGCCGUGAAGAAGGAGAGCAGAGGCAGAGAGUCCAGGAAGAGAAACCCAGCCAGGAAGGGACACAAGAACGCCGCGCCCCGGCUCAUCCCCCCGGACUGCAUCCUGGUGGACCCUGACAACUUCAAGUUCAUCGUGGACCCCUACGGGGAGGCCCAGGUCACAGACGCGCUGACGCCUGUUGCCGUAACCCAGGAAAUUCUGGAAAGAUUCCGAGACACCUUCACUGCCCUGUGGGUGGGACAUCUGGGAAACAAGCACUUCCCCAGCCAGGCCGAGUGGGAGCAUCUCCUGGGUAACUGCAGUGGCUUCUUCUUCUAUGGGAUGGAGAGCUUCCUGUCCCACAUAAUGGUGGAAAGGUUGGCUGCCAUGAACCUAGAAGCAUGCCGGAUGAUGGUCCUGCUGGGCCUGACGCGGUCGUACGAGAGCCUGUGGCGGCACACGGAGCACUCGGAGAACAAGAGUGUGGCCCAGCUGUCCCUGGAGAAGCCCAUCGAGACUGCCAUCCUUCUGAGUCUGGUGGGUGUCGGGAGCAUCCUGGCAAACCAGUGGCCGACCUUCCUGCAGGACAACGCGCUGCGGGCCAGCGUCCUGUGGGAAAAUCUGUUGGCAGUUGGCAGGCCGAUCGGGAGAGCCGUCCAUCUCCUUCGGAAGACGGGAGCUGGUCACACGAAUAACCAUGGCAACAAGCUGUUCCUCGUCCCUGCCCAUCCUCUGCCAGAUGAGCCUCUGAGGACCUUCAAGAACGAGCUGCCGUCCCCCCAGCCACAGCCCUGUGGCUCUGAGCAGCUCCUCAUCACCCUCAACCCGGUCCUGUACGGGCUGCCACACCUGGCCAUCGGGUGACUCCCCCGAGGACACGGAUCUCGACGGCCCCUCCAAGGACCCAUCGCCCACGCCCCCACCCGUAGGCUCCCCUCCUCCAGCUGCCCUGUUGCGAGCCCCAGUUCUGCACGGGGCCACGCUGGGCCCUCCUGAUCCGGCCGGGUCUGGGGCUUCCUCCUUGCCCCACCCAGCAUGCCCAGGGCCCGCUCCGAGGGGAGGGGAAUAUCUCUGGGGGCUCCGCAGGGGGCAUGGGGUGAGGGGCACAUCUGCAGCUGCGUGGACCCCCAGAACCUCCCCUGCCCUGUGCAUCCCCGAGGGGCCCACGGUGGGGGAGCCGGCUGGACGUGGGCUUGGGUCUGGGAUGAGGAGUGGCCUCCACCUCCCGCCGGUCUUCAGCUCCAGGGGGGCUCUGGAGGUCAGCCUCCCUGGGGGGAGGCUCACAGUCCUGGAGGCCCGCCGUGACCGCUGCGCCCUGGCCCCUGGGGGUAGAUGUGCUUUAGUAAAAACAACUAAAUCC